AUGGCUUGGCUUGAUGCGCCUGGGGUAUACAGUCUUGCUUCUCGCGUCCUUGUUGACAAGAUGUACGAGCACAGGGCUCGCGGCCUGGACAACAGAAUUAAUGUCACCAUGAUCCCUCGAUAUCAUCCAGCCGACCCAUCCACGACAAGCUUCAAACAGGCAGACAAGACAUCCGACAUAGCAUACAUAUGUCAUACCUCAGGAACAUCGUCGGGCCUCCCAAAGCCCAUUCCGCAGACCCAGUUCGGUGUCAUGGGCGCACUCUACAGCUUCCCGGGAAAAGACAAACCGGCCACCUUUUCCACCACUCCGCUCUACCAUGGAGGGUUUCCAGACUGUCUGAGGUCAUGGACCAGUGGCGCUGCAAUCUGGUUCUUCCCCGAGGGGCACGCGCCAAUUACUGGAAGCAAUAUCCUCAAAGCGCUCCAGUACGCGAGAGACAAGAGUCCAAGUCCAGUUCAAUACUUUUCCUCGGUCCCAUAUGUUCUUCAAAUGCUUUCCGAAGAAUAUGAGGGCCUUGAAAUCCUCCAAUCCAUGGAUCUGGUUGGUGUCGGUGGCGCUGCCCUCCCCCCUGCGAUAGGCGACAAGCUUGUGGGCGCCGACGUGAAUCUUCUAUCGCGAAUGGGAAGCGCGGAAUGUGGAUUUUUGAUGUCUUCGCAUCGCGAUUUCGCUAACGAUAAAGAAUGGCAGUUUCUCAGACCCAUCGACGACCCGAAGCUCAUUUCUUUUGAGCCGCGCGACAAUGGUCUUUCAGAGCUCGUGGUCAAGCCAGACUGGCCGUUCCUGAUCAAGACAAACCGCGAAGAUGGAUCUUACGCCACCUCUGACCUCUUCGAGCCACAUCAAUCGAUCAAGAAAGCCUGGCGCUAUCAUAGCAGAGCCGAUGCGCAAAUCACGCUUGGAAACGGAAAGAAGUUCGACCCUUCACCUGUCGAAGACAGUAUAUUGGCUUCGUCAAAGUUACUCCAGGAUGUUCUCAUUUUUGGUGGUGGAAGAGAUUACGCUGGUGCUCUUUUGUUCCCUGCUGAAAACGUUAGUAGUGGAGAGGUGAUUGAUUCAGUUUGGCCUCAAAUCGAGCGCAUGAAUAGCGAAAGUCAAAGCCACGCUCGAAUCACAAAGGCAAUGUUGGUUGUUGUCCCUGUGAAGGAGGGCGAGAAGGCGUUGGAGAAAAGCAGCAAGGGUACCAUUCUUCGACGACAGGCUGAAGAGCGAUAUGCCAAGGAGAUUGAAGGCGCUUACGAGCACAGAAGGUCAUCAACGUCGAAGGGUGUAUCGGAUGAUGAACUGGCGCAAACGGUGCGAUUCUGCUUUCACCAGGUGCUGGGACGAGAUGUCGACCCCGAUCAGGACUUGUUCAAACAAGGUAUUGACUCAAUCGCGUGCAUCCAAAUUCGCAAACUCAUCGAGCAGUCUUGUCUUUCACCUCGCAAUGAGCCAUUGCCUUUGAACGUCAUUUACGAUCAAGGUACUGCGAAUGGUCUUAUUAAGUAUCUUCACGACGCCAGGCAAGGAGGCCACCAUCAUAGCCGAAGUGCCCGAGAUACAGACAUCAAGGUAAUGCAGGACCUAGUCAAAAGGUACAGUAACUUUGGUGAAACCGAGGCAGUAUCUGGUCGACAGCCAGGAAAAGCCGUCCUUCUUACCGGUGCCACUGGGUUUCUCGGGUCGCAUAUCCUCGAUCUUCUUCGAAAUGACUCUCAGGUCGACAGGAUUUACUGUCUACUCAGAGCGGACGAUCUAUAUACUGCGCAAGAACGGGUCUCCGAUGCGCUGAGCCAACGUGGCAUGCAUGGACUUGAGCAAUCCGAACAAAGCAAAGACAAAGUCGUCUGCCUCCCGUGCAAUCUCACAGAAAGCGAUCUGGGACUAUCUGACGAUACGCACAAAGACAUUAUAAAUAACGUCGGAACAAUAAUCCACUCCGCCUGGGCAGUCAACUUCAGUCUUCAUCUACCUUCCUUCGAAGAUCAAAUCAUCAGCACACGAAACCUAGCGGCACUCGCUGCUCAAUCCGGCGCUCGAUUUAUCUUCGUUAGUUCCAUCGCAGCGGUCAGCGACUCCAAAGCGAAGCCAAUUCCCGAGAAGUUGUCACAGGAUCCCAGUGAGGCGUCCCCUCUGGGCUACUCGCGGUCGAAAUGGGUAGCGGAACAGAUUUGUGACGCUCUGAACAAGAAGGCAGAUAGUGAUGAUGCUAUCGCUACCAUUGUUCGCGUGGGGCAGCUUUGCAGUAAUGAAUCGGGAGUCUGGAACGCCAAUGAAGCAUAUCCCUUGCUCCUUUCAACUGCAAAGAUCACAGGGUGCCUACCAAAUAUUCCCAACGAGACACUCAACUGGCUUCCCGUUGAACAGGCUGCACAGGCCGUCAUCGAAGUCGCGCGUUCUGACCAGAAACCGGACAAUAGCAAAUCUUCGAAAACGCCAGUUUACCACAUUCUCAAUCCCCAUACCACACCAACAUGGACAGAAAUGCUUGACUGGCUCUCCUCUAGCAUCGGAACACUAGAGUUUGAGAAGGUCUCGCCCCGAGAAUGGAUCAAACGCUUGGAGAAGGCCCUUGGCGAGAGGAGUGCUGGUCAUCUAGCGCAAGCACUUCUUGAGCUAUGGAAAGAGUCUUACGGACUUAUGAUGGAUGACGUGGUGACUACAAAUACAACUACUGAUGAAUCACCGUUUGAUGUUGAGAGGACACGAGAGGUAUCAGCCACGAUAAGGAAUGUCCAGCCGUUGGAUCGAGAGCGGUUGAUCCAGACAUGGAAGUGGGUGAAUGACACCUUCGAGAGUUAG